GAUGUGUCCUAAAAUAUACGAAAUAGGGGCUGUUUAAAUUAGUAUCUAUCUGGUAACAGCUAUAAAAAGGUCAAAGUCUCAAAACUGCUAAAGUGGAACAUACACAUCAGACAGUGACCUCAUUCAGGAUGGAAGCCAGUUUUUAUAUUCGUAUGUAACACAAUCAUAGUGGUCAAAAAAUCAGUUCUGAAGGCCUUGAACUUACAAGCUUUGUCAGCCAUUGAGAAUCUUCCACUGGAGGAGAGACUUGAACUGGGGACUGCCCUUCAGGUCAGUGAAGAAGCACCAGUCCAGCCCCCGCCCUUCACAGGACGCUGUGCUAGCCUCCCCCUCCCCGCCCCCCCCCCAAAAGAAACAAGGAUUGAAUCAGCUUGGUGUUUGAAGGCAGCCGCGUAAAUUCCCAGCUGGGGGUGGCGUUGGGGCAGGGAGAAACUUGUCACUACAGGAGAGAAAGAAAUAAGGAGAGUGGGACUUCCUUCCACUUCUAUAGUGUGAGAUCUGGGUAUGCUUCUGGGUUGCUAAUCUCAGUGGGAUUCUCAUAAGCAGAAAAUGAGUCUAGGUGUGAACUCAGAUUAGCUACUUGGGGCACAACAGGGAGGUGUGUGUGGCCGGCUUGUGGCGUGCAGGGAGAUGACGGGAAAGGGAAGGCUGGGGCCCGUGGGGUGGGCUGGGAGGCCUGGGAGGCCGGGUCUCCGCUGCCUUUAUCUGGUAGGCAGGUGGGAGCUUUGGAAUGUAUUUGAAAGAAAUGUCCUGAUGUGAUGUGCAUUUCGGCUUCAGCAGGGUCCCUGGGGGCAGGAGAGAAUGCAUCAGGAGAGUCUUGUAAAAGAUCAGGGCAAGAUGGGAUCACGGUUUAGGCCAGAUCAGGAAGUCUGAGUGACAGGAAGCAGGGCCAGUGCUGACAUUUUAGCCUUGAUGAUGGGGAGGAUGCUGGGGAGUGAGAGGGAGCCUGUGAGUUUCAGAUAUUCCUUCUUUCACCUGUUUCCCAGUAGCAGGUUCUUUUGGAGAGACCUUAAGUGCAUCUGAAGGCUUCCUGAUCAGCACGGUCUGAUCCUUACCUGGCCUGUCUCCUUUCUUCCUCUUCGGGCUUUCAUAGGAAAAUGAGGCCUCCUUUCACUGGGUUCACUAUGACAAAGGUUACUCUGAGUCAUGGUUAACCAGCAGUCAGGAGUGCCAGAACUGAGUAACCCCACUGGAAUUCGGCCUGUGGCUACUGUUAUGGCCCCAGGUCAUUUAAAUGACAACUCCCUCCCAGAAUCCGGACUGUCACUUUUUGCCACGGGGAGACCUCGGUGGCUUUCCAGUUUCUGAGUCAGCAAGGUGGUCAGGGGCCUGGUUCUGCCCUUUCCCUCGAGGUGAGGGUGCUUGUUUGAAGCAUGCUGUCUCCUGCCCCAGAAGAGCCACUGCUGCUGGCCGAGCUCAAGCCUGGGCGCCCCCAUCAGUUUGAUUGGAAGUCAAGCUGUGAAACGUGGAGCGUUGCCUUCUCUCCGGAUGGUUCCUGGUUCGCCUGGUCUCAAGGACACUGCAUUGUCAAGCUGAUCCCCUGGCCGCUGGAGGAGCAGUUCAUCCCUAAAGGGUUCGAAGCCAAAAGCCGAAGCAGCAAAAAUGAUACAAAAGGGCGGGGCAGCCCAAAGGAGAAGACGCUGGACUGUGGGCAGAUUGUCUGGGGCUUGGCCUUCAGCCCGUGGCCUUGUCCACCCAGCAGGAAGCUCUGGGCACGCCACCACCCCCAGGUGCCAGACGUCUCUUGCCUGAUCCUUGCUACGGGACUCAACGAUGGGCAGAUCAAGAUUUGGGAGGUUCAGACAGGGCUACUGCUUUUGAACCUGUCUGGCCACCAAGACGUCGUGAGAGAUCUGAGCUUCACGCCCAGUGGCAGUUUGAUUUUGGUUUCUGCAUCCCGAGAUAAGACUCUUCGCAUCUGGGACUUGAAUAAACAUGGUAAACAGAUUCAGGUGUUAUCGGGCCACCUGCAGUGGGUUUACUGCUGUUCCAUCUCGCCAGACUGCAGCAUGCUGUGUUCUGCAGCUGGGGAGAAGUCGGUCUUCCUGUGGAGCAUGCGGUCCUACACGUUAAUCCGGAAGCUGGAGGGCCACCAGAGUAGCGUGGUCUCUUGUGACUUCUCCCCCGACUCUGCCUUGCUCGCCACGGCUUCUUACGAUACCAGUGUCAUCAUGUGGGACCCGUACACUGGCGAGCGGCUGCGGUCACUCCACCACACCCAGCUCAACCCCCCCAUGGAUGACAGCGAUGUCCACAUCAGCUCCCUGAGAUCUGUGUGCUUCUCCCCUGAAGGCUUGUACCUCGCCACGGUAGCGGAUGACAGGCUCCUCAGGAUCUGGGCCCUGGAACUGAAAACUCCAAUUGCGUUUGCUCCUAUGACCAAUGGUCUUUGCUGCACAUUUUUUCCACAUGGUGGAGUUAUUGCCACGGGGACAAGGGAUGGCCACGUCCAGUUCUGGACGGCUCCUCGGGUCCUGUCAUCGCUGAAGCACUUAUGCCGGAAAGCCCUUCGACGUUUCCUAACGACGUACCAAGUGCUGGCACUGCCAAUCCCUAAGAAAAUGAAAGAGUUCCUCACAUACAGAACUUUUUAAGCCAGUCUCCGUAGUCUUACUUGUUUCCUCUGUAGCAGGAUAACGCUCCCUGACGAGUAGCUGGAGCAGUGGGCCAAACAUCCGGUCUUGGAUUGAAAUAGGAUUUCUCUUUGGGAUUGUGAACAGAAUGUAGCAAAACCAGAUUGCGGUGUCCUCGCCAGGGGUCUCUUCCCCAUGACGUGUGAGGGUCAGUCGCAGAAGAGGGAUCCCACUUCCGCAGUGACGGAGCCUGACCUUAACCUUCAGCCCGCUUACGCGCACAGCAGUGCUGGAUCCCCUCUGGUCGUUUUGAUUCCAAGAAGUUUCCACUCCCUCGACUGGAGUGUGGCUUCUGCUGAGUGUCCGUCGUUGAUCCAGAUGCAGAGGAGGUGUUGGUGAAAGUUCUCUCCUGCUGGCCAGAGUCGCUUUGAUGUGGGCGAGGACUUUCCUUCCUCUGACCCACAGGAGUUUUCCCAGAGCCGUCUAGUGUGAGAUAUGACUUAGCUUAACUGAAGUCCAGGUGACUCAGAGGCCGUGCUCCUGAUACAGACACU